GCAGUUCUCAAAUUUCAUUCAUUCCCAUCCAAAUUCAAUGCUGUCGGCCACUUUGUCUGCACGCACUCUGCUGCCUUCGCUGCUGCCCGCGCUCUCCGCGGCGCCCGCCAUGUCCUAUUCCGCCUCUGCCAAGCGCAUCAAGGUCGACAAGCCUGUCGUCGAGCUUGACGGUGACGAAAUGACCCGCGUCAUCUGGGAAAACAUCCGCGAGAAGCUGAUCAAGCCCUACCUCGACAUCCCGAUCGAGUACUACGACCUCGGCCUGCCCCACCGCGACCAGACGAACGAUCAGGUCACGAUCGACGCCGCCAACGCCAUCCUCAAGCACAACGUCGGCAUCAAGUGCGCCACCAUCACUCCCGACGAGGCCCGUGUCAAAGAGUUCAAGCUCAAGAAGAUGUGGAAGUCGCCCAACGGCACCAUCCGCAACAUUCUCGGCGGCACGGUCUUCCGCGAGCCCAUCAUCUGCCCGAACAUCCCGCGCCUCGUGCCGAGCUGGACCAAGCCGAUCAUUAUUGGUCGUCACGCGUUCGGUGACCAGUACAAGGCGACCGAUUUCGUCGUCAACCAGCCCGGCAAGCUCGAGAUGGUCUUCACUGAGGCGAACGGCAAGGUCACCAAGCACCACGUCUUUGACUUUAAGGCUCCUGGUGUUGCCAUGGGCAUGUACAACACUGACGAGUCCAUCACUGGCUUUGCGCGCUCGUGCUUCCAAGUUGCGCUCAACAAGAAGUGGCCGCUCUACCUCAGCACCAAGAACACCAUCCUCAAGCAGUACGAUGGUCGUUUCAAGGACAUUUUUGAGGAGAUUUAUCAAAAGGAGUUCAAGGCGCAGUUCGACGCCGCCAAGAUCUGGUAUGAGCACCGUCUGAUUGAUGACAUGGUUGCUUUCUGCCUCAAGUCGGAUGGCGCGUUCGUCUGGGCUGCCAAGAACUACGACGGCGAUGUGCAGUCCGACACGCUUGCCCAAGGCUACGGCUCCCUUGGUCUGAUGACUUCGGUGCUUGUCUGCCCUGACGGCAAGACCAUUGAAGCUGAGGCUGCUCACGGCACGGUGACGCGCCACUUCCGCAUGCACCAGCAGGGCAAGCCCACCUCCACCAACCCGAUUGCUUCCAUCUUUGCUUGGACCCGCGGCCUCGAGCAUCGCGCCAAGCUCGACAACAACCCUGCUCUCGCCGGGUUUGCUCAACGUCUCGAAAACGAGUGCGUUGAAAUGGUCAAGGCGGGUGCCAUGACCAAGGAUUUGGCUGGUUGCAUUUACGGAUUGAACAGUGUUCAACCCAACCAGUACCUCCUGACGGAAGACUUCCUUGCCCAGCUCAAGACGCGCAUGGACAAGCAUUUCAAGCACUAAAAAAAAAACCAUUGUUCGUUGCUUUUGUGUGCAGAAAGGACCGAGUUCAUCAUCUCCUUUCUCUUUUUUGUUGGUGGUGACUGUUUCAUUUGUUCAGUGUUGCACAGAAAUAGAUCAAAACCCCACAAUUUGAAAAUACAUUCAUUGGUUGUGUGC